UACUGUCAGCUCAAGGUGUGGACAGUGACACGGUGAGCUAGAGCAAGCGCGAGUGGGAACACAGUGGCUUUAUUUUUGGAAAAGGAGUGGAUGCGUCCUCUAAAAUCUGCUCGGGGGCUGGACACAAGUCUUUUCUUUAACAAAAGCAAUAUGUGCACCAACGCGGCACUGCCUUCAGCCUUUGAGGUUCUUGAUAUAUAAAGUCGAAAAGGACGCGAGUGUUUCACCGUCACCUAUGAGCUGAAGCACGAGCAACCCAGGUAGAACAACAGAGCCGGAAGAACUCGCAAUACUGGUCGCGUUCAGUUUGUUUUCAUUCUUCCAAGUGGAUUAUCUUUGACAUUAUCUCAUAAAUGAAGUGACUUUUAAAGUGCUAGUUUUAAAGGGCAUCCGAGCUAAAGAAAUAAUGGAGGACUUGAGGAAAAAGCGACUCUUCGUCCUGGUUGACGUGCUGUGUGUAGUUGUAGCUUCUCUGCCCUUUGUUAUAAUGAACAUCACGUCCCGGCCAUACGAGCGAGCGGUCAACUGCCAGGACGAGAGCAUCGGUUACCCUGUUUUACCGGACACCAUCACGCACGUGACGCUGGCUGUGGUCACCAUCACCUGCACUAUCAUUAUCAUAUCAUCGGGGGAAGCGUAUCUGGUGUACAGCAAGAAAAUUCACUCUAACUCUACCUUUAAUCAAUAUGUGUCGGCCAUCUAUAAGGUGCUGGGCGCCUUCCUGUUUGGGGGAGCUGUCAGCCAAUCACUGACGGACUUGGCUAAGUACACCAUUGGGCGACCACGUCCACAUUUCAUUGCAGUGUGUGCUCCCAAAGUCUGCAAAGGAUACGUGGCUCCGAUCAACUGCACUGGCGACUCGCGUCUUGUGACUGAAGCCAGGUUGUCCUUCUAUUCAGGUCACUCCUCCUUCGGGAUGUACUGCAUGCUGUUUCUAGCGUUCUAUGUCCAGGCCAGACUGAAUGCGAAAUGGGCCCGUCUUCUGAGGCCAACCAUCCAGUUCUUCCUGGUGGCCUUUGCUGUGUAUGUCGGUUACACCCGCGUGUCCGAUUAUAAGCACCACUGGAGCGACGUGCUGGUGGGGCUCCUCCAGGGGGCGCUCAUUGCAAUUCUCAUUGUGCGAUACGUGGCAAAUUUCUUCAAGGUCCGUCCUUCACCUCAAUACUCGAGUUCAGAGACAGAAGCAGAAAUCGAGGAGCAGAAACGCAGCUUUCGAGGUGGAGCACCAUAACCGUUUCGGCUAUUACGGA